GUAGCAACUUAGCCACUUAGCUAACUAGUAUCGCAGAAGUGGACGUUCCGGGAGGGGAGAGUUUGUGCUUUGGUUGUUUUUGUUCAGUUAUCAAAAAUGUCUUCUUUUAGAAAAGCUCUGAAAUCGCAACAACGAAACCACCAGGAGCGAUCUCAGCCUGGUUUCAGAAAACAGCUGGGAUUUCUCGAAAAGAAAAAGGACUACAAGCUUCGAGCCGAUAACUACCACAAGAAGCAGAACACCCUCAAUGCCCUGCGCAAGAAGGCCGCGCUGAAGAAUCCAGAUGAGUUCUACUACAAGAUGAUCAGCACGCAGCUGAAGGAUGGCGUGCACGUGAAGAAGGAGGAGCCGGAGGUGGUGACGGACGAGCAGAGGAAGAUCAUGAGGACCCAGGACAUUAAAUAUGUGGAGAUGAAGCGCGUGGCUGAGGCCAGGAAAAUUGAACGAAUGAAGUCGGAGCUCCACCUGCUGGACGCAGAUGGGAAGCUGAAGAACAAGCACACCUUCUUCGUGGACACCAAGAAAGAAGUGAAACAUUUUAACCUGGCCAAGCACCUGAACACCGCCCCGGAGCUGCUGGACCGGGUUUACAACCGCCCCACCCUGGAGACCCUGGAGGGCAAGAGUGUGCAGGGAGCCACCCGCCCGUUUGAGCUCCAGAAACUGGCCCGACUGAGGAAGCACCAGUAUACGUUGCUGUCGCAGCGCGUGGAGAGGGAAAAGAAGAUGUUCGUCGUCGGGCAGAAGAUCCAGGCUCGCAAAGACCUACUGGAUAAAACUAAAAAGGUGAAGGUGAAGAAGGAGACCACCAAUGCUCCCGCGAUCUACAAGUUUAAGGCCCAGAGGAAGCGGUGAGAAUGGCGGGAGGAUGGCGGGAGGGGUUUUAACCCUGCCCUUGGGUACCUCCUGCUCCCCAGCAAACUGAUUCAGGAUCAGCCCUGGCCUAACCCCAGCCACAGCAUGGUCAGUGAUUUAACAGCCGUCACCUGAUCCUGGGUCAGUUCUUGGUCAGAACGCGUCCACGGCGGCCAUUUUCAGGCGCUAGGGGAAGCUUCACUGAAGGUGACUGAGGACCACUGAACUCUGAUUGGCUUGGAAAUUCCUUGCUCGGUUUCAAGAUGCCUACUGAGUGUGUGUACUUCUCAGCCUAUUAGUCCAGACUAAUGAAUUUAUGAUUUGCUGCUUGUUUAUAAGAGCCCCUGUGAAAGGCUUUGUGUAUAAAAUAAAGAUUUUCCUGUCAUUUCUUACUUUUA